AAUAUGCAAAAAAAGAACAAGAAGAAGAAGUUAUCACAAUAUGGGUCAAGCUCUCAAUACCGCAAAAGGGAAAGGAGAGGUAGACGGGAAAGACUUGGAAGCUAUGGUUGAAAAUUGCUACCGCAAACGCUUAGAAGAACAAAAUGACGAUCAAGAAUGGUCUUUCGGCGACUUCUACCGCAUUGUGGCUGAAGCUGUCGAGGAAAUUAAUAGAAGACUCGGUGGUACCCAACUUAAGGUGCCAAGUGUUGAGAAACUACAACAAGCUUAUGAGAUACACAAUCUCGGGGAGGGGAAGAAGCUAUCGAAGGACGAGUUUCAGAAGCUUCUUCAAGAAGUUUUAAUCGGAGCUGGGUUCACCGGCGUCGGAGGAGUAAAGGAAUUUCUACUAUUCAUCUUCGGAGUUCCUGCGAUCGCCGUCUUCAUUAAGAACCGUAUAGCUCCGACGUCCAUUCCCAACGACUUGUUUAUCCCCGCCAUCACAUCCGCCACCGUCUUCCUCCUCGCCAAACUCAAUAAGAUAUGAAGUCUCUACUAAUUGUUUGAUCCUUUCGAGCUUUGCUUUGUUUUCUUAAUUUAUAUUGGUGAUUUGAUUAUAUGUGUGUGGAAUACUCGGUGAAGCUUAAAGUUUCACUCUUUGAGUUCACUUACGUGAUUGAUGAAAAGGAAAAAAAAAAUGAACUUAUGUUGUUCGA